AUGGUUAAAUUAAAUGCCGAUGGCGUUUGCAAGGAUAAUAAUAGGGCUAGAUGUUGGGGUAUUAUCAAAGAUAGUGCCGGUAAUUGGGUUGGUGGUUUUGUAAUACCUCUUGGAUGGUGUAAUACUUUUGUAGCAGAGUUUUGGGAAGUUUUUGAAGGCCCCAAGUACACUAAAAGACUUAGGUUGAAUAAGGUGGAGAUUAAUUUAAACUCUACGGUGUUUGUGAAGGUGUUUCGUAAGGGUGGAUCGAGAUGUUUUGUUGGACAUGCACUGAUGAAACAAAUUAGAAGACUCAUCGAGCUACAUGGUGAAAUUAAAGUGGUUCAUGUUUAUAGAGAAUCUAAUAGAUGUGUUGAUAAAUUAGUAAGUGUUGGGAAUUUUUUAGAAGUUCCUUACAUUUCGUAUAAUGUUGCCCCUCAUCAUCAUAGGUCCAUGUUAAAGGAUGAUUCUAAAGGAGUAGUUACACCUAGAAUGAUGCGUGUUUAG